GACUCGCUUGUGGAUAUAGCUCGGAUUCUAGCUCAGGUGUUUGGAUUUUGGGACAUUCUUCCGGUCAUGAAUCGGGUUUCUUUGCCCGCCGCUGCUCUUUUGCUAUUUACAUUCACGGUUUUAGUGUCUGUGACUGUGGUGGAGACACGUCAUUCCACUGGGCUAAGGAGACACAGGAGGGAAUGGAUCAUCCCUCCCCAGAAACUAGAUGAAAAUGUAGACUACACCAAGAAAGAGUUUAUCGCCAAGAUCCGGUCAGAUUCAGACGAUGGGACUGGUAAUGUGCAGUACUCUCUAACUGGGGUGGGAGCUACUAACUACCCCUUCAACCUGUUCAUAGUGAACCCUGACACCGGCUUUGUACGCAUCACUGGUAUCCUGGACCGGGAGACUAUCGCCAUGUACAAUUUGUCAGGUACCGCUAGGUUCACUGAUGGCAGUCAAGCAGAAAAGAACAUUGAUUUGAGGAUCCAAGUUGUGGAUCAAAAUGAUAACCCUCCUAUUUUCGGUGACAUUAACCCAGGAGAGGUGUACGAGCUCAGCUCAAAAGGCAAGUACACGUCCAUCAUGAAGUUGGUUGCGACAGACGCUGACGAACCAGGGAAUGAGAACUCUCGGAUUGCCUACACCAUAAUUAAACAGGAGCCUCCAGGAGAGAGCAUGUUCUACAUCACCAAUGAAGGAGAACUGAGAGUAAAACAGCCCACACUGAACAGAGAGGUGCAGGACUGGUACAUGCUGACAGUGAAAGCUACAGAUCUGAACGGUAGACCAGAGGGCAACACCGGCACCGGAACCUUUAGAGUCAACAUCAAGGAUGUGAACGACAACCCUCCCACUUUGGAGAAAGAUGAGUAUGAGGGCAGUAUUGAGGAGAACACAGAGAACGUGGAGGUGAUGAGGUUCAAAGUGGAGGACAUGGACAUGGAGAACACUCCUAACUGGGUGUCUCAGUUUGAAAUCGUCAAGGGCAACGAGGCUGGCUACUUCAGUAUUGAGACAGACCCCAAGACCAACGAGGGAGUUCUGAUGCUCAAGAAGUCUGUAGACUAUGAAGACGUCAAACACCUUGAGCUGGGAAUAGCCGUAGCUAACCAGGCUCCACCCUAUAAUGGUGAAGGAGGAGGAGGAGGAGGAGGAGGAGGAGGAGGAGGAAGUGGGGCAGGAAGUGGGGCAGGAAGUGGGGCAGGAGGAGGAGGUAGUGGAGGAGGAGGAGGUGGAGGAUCGUGGUUUGGUGGUGGAGGUUCUACAGGGAAACCUAUGAAGACCUACCCAGUAAAGAUCGCCGUGAAGAACCAGCCAGAGGGGCCACGGUUUGACCCCAAGGUCAAGGCUAUCCCCAUCUCAGAGGGAGGAGACUUCAAGAUCAACAAGGUGAUCGGCUCCUACCAUGCCAUCGACGGAGACACACUAAUGCCUGCACAGAACGUCAGGUAUGCUAAGGGCUCUGACCCAGACAACUGGCUGACCGUUGAUGAGUUGACUGGGGAUAUUAAACUCAAUAAGAUGCCUGACAGAGAGUCCAAGUUCCUGGUCAACGGGACAUACUACGCCAAAGUUCUCUGCAUGACCCAAGACAUGCCCUCUAAGACAGCCACGGGUAUGGUAGCCAUCCAGGUGGAGGACUUGAACGACCACUGCCCCACGCUUACUAGUAACGUUCAGACCAUGUGUAUGACAGCCGAUGCUAUUACCGUGACUGCAGUGGACAAGGAUGCGUUCCCCAACGGAGCCCCCUUCACCUUCACCAUCAUCCCAGAGGGAACAGAGGGAGUGUGGGUGGUCGAGCACCUAAACGACACCUCAACCAUCCUGAGGUCCCAAAAGGAUUUGUGGCCGGGCUCCUACGCAGUUGCCAUGGAGAUCCGCGACCAGCAGGGGCACGCGUGUCCUGACCUGCAGAAGCUAAAGGUAGAUGUCUGCACGUGUGCGGACAAAGGGAAGGCGUGCGCGACGCGAGGAGCUAAGGGCUCAACCGGGGCAGUGCUAGGGCCUGCAGCAAUUGGACUGCUCUUCCUGGGUCUGCUGACGCUACUGCUAAUCCCUCUCCUGCUGUUGUUCUGUACGUGUGGGGGUGCCGGAGGUCUUCCUGGGGGCUUCACUGAGAUGCCCUUUGACGCCAAGGCACAACUCAUUUCCUACCACACUGAGGGACAGGGGGAGAACACGGAAGUACCUCUGCUGAAUGCACCAGUUCAGGUCGACACAGGAAGGGUCAAAAUGAUCAACGCGGGAACCAUUGCAGCAACGACCGGAGGGGCGGGGCUAAUGAUAGGUGGUGAUCAGUUCCAGAACUCCUCCUCCACGAUGGGCGGUGGAUUCUACCAAUCAGACGGCCUUAUGGAUAUUGGAUAUAAGAAUGGAGGAGAGAUAAUCGGCCAUGGGAAUGGAGGAGGCUUUUAUUCUGAGUAUGAGAGCAGAGAGGGAGGAGGAGCCUAUGAAGGCAUCGCCCUGCCUGAUCACUACCUGGAGGAGUACUACUCUCAGAAAGCUCAUUGUGCAGCUGAAAACCACAUCCAGAAGGACAGUCAGUUGGUGUAUGACUACGAGGGCCAGGGCUCUUCUGUGGGCUCGGUGGGAUGCUGCAGCCUCCUGGAAUCUGACAACGACCUCCAGUUCCUCAAUGACCUGGGGCCAAAGUUCAAGACCCUGGCCGAGGUGUGCCGCGGAGAGAGGAUCCAAACUGAAGUCUCUGCCCCUCUGCCACCCAGACCCAUCAUCUCCAUGCCAACAGCAGCCAGCAGUGUGACGACCAAUGUGGCGUCCAGAGUGGUUUCCGCCGCCCCGGUCCCAGCCCCAGCACCGCCCCCUGCCCCGGCCCAGGUGACACACGUCGAGAGGGCUGUGGUGAGGGAGUCAGAUCGUUCAGAUCGUUUGUCUACUCUGAGGCAGGACAUGGUGGGAGGAAGCCAGGGCCAGACCUUCCUACUGCAGCAACAGCCUAUGUACUACACCACCAUGCAGCCUAUGAUGCAGCCCGUGGUGCAGCAGAUGCACUAUGUAGUGGAGCAACAGGUCCCCAACACACAGGGCAUGAUAAUGGUCAACGGGCCUCCGUCAGGCUCGGCCCAGGGCCUGGUGCUGCAGGGGCAACGGGUGGUGACCGGUACCCAGGCUCAGGGCACCCUUGGCAGGGGAGAGGGAGGCCUGAUCCAUAUGGGGAACAUGUCUGGUUCUCAGGGUAUGAUGGUUGUGGAUGGGCCGGUGAUGCAGGGGGGGCAGAUGCUCCAAGGGGGGCAAAUGCUGCAGGGGGGGCAAGUUUUUCAGGGGGGGCAAGUUCUUCAGGGGGGGCAGUUGGUACAAGGGGGUCAGGUCCUUCAGGGGGGUCAGGCCUGGCUGCAGCAGUGUAGCUCCCUGCAGCGAGGGGGCUUAUCAGGGUCACAGAGCAUGCUGGUGAUGGAGGGACAGGGGGGUAGCAGCGGAGGUAGUGGGGUGCAGAAAGGCCAGGGAGGGGUGUUAGGGUUCUCCCAGGGGUCCAUGCAGAGGAACGGCCUCUCUGGCUCACACAGAGUCAUCUACACCACAGAGCAGAGCUCAGCCGCAGAGUCCAGCGCAGGCUCACAGAGCGGCAUUGUAGGAUUGAACGAGUCCUCCAGCAAGGUCAGCAUAGGCCCCGCCUCCACCUCCCGCAAGGCGGUGAUAGAGAAGAGAGUUGUGACCAACCAGAGCACCAGUAAAUAA